AUGACAGAUACCUCCUCCCUCGCCAUCACGCACGCCACCACGGAUCCGUAUCCGGUUCCCGCUCCUCUGGGCUCUCCAAUCGCCAACGGUGCGAUUUCUGACUCGGUCGCACCCGACGAAGAAGAGCCGUACACCAUCAAAUGCAUUUGUCUUUUUGACGAAGAUGAUGGAAGCACGGUUUUCUGCGAAGGGUGCGAGACAUGGCAGCAUAUCAUCUGCUAUUAUCCGGACAACCGGGUACCAGAUGUGCACAACUGCGUCGACUGUGAGCCUAGGCUCCUCGACAGUCGCCGUGCCACUGAACGUCAGCGCCAACGGCGAAUGAAAGAGCAGAGUGAGGACGGUGACCGGAAAAAGCGAUCGGGUGCCAAGUCUCAAAAGAAGAAGUCCAGAGAGGGCGACGUGAAUGGGUUCAGCCAUCAACGAAGCGAGUCAGGGGCUCGUGAACAACCACCGGCCAAAAAACCAAAGACUUCGCAUCGCUCCUCCGCUUCCAUCAGCGCCAUCCCGGGUGCCCCCACCAUCCCUCCCGAAUCUCGGAAACGACGCUCCUCUACCUCCGUCGCUCCGAGCCCCACGAAAUCCUUUGGCCCCUCCAUACCUCUCUACUCCAACGAAUUCCUUCACCUCUACGACCGUGACGAUGAACACGAAGACAGAAAUAGUAAUCUUUUUGUGAACGUGAGUCUGGUGGGUGAGAUUGCGUCGUGGGUGAAAGAUCCGGACGCGUUGGCGCGUAUCUCCAAUGGUCGCCCGACGGAAGAUACCUUCAAUAUGUCCGAUUCCGCCCUCGACCGGUCUCACUGGCCUACUUUGACGACUGAUACGAUUACAGAUUCGAAUCUUGACAUUGGCGGGCGGCACCCGACAUGGAAGAUUGUUAAGACUCAAGAUGCUGUACGAAAAGAUGGGAUCCUUGGAGAACUCACUGGCAAGGUGGGUGUUUUCGACGAUUACUGUCUCGAUCCCAACAAUCGAUGGCAGGAACUGCGCCACCCAGAACCCUUUGUCUUUUUCAGCUCUCACCUUCCCUUGUAUAUCGACAGUCGACACGAGGGCAGCGUACUCCGCUAUACUCGCCGAUCAUGCCGUCCAAAUGUCACGAUGAAAAUCUACAUCACCAAUGAGGUCGAAUACCACUUCUGCUUUGUCGCCAAAGAGGACAUCCCUCCCAAUUCAGAGAUUACGAUUAUGUGGUAUCUGGAUGCUCCGUUGUUCGAGUCUUCGAAUGGGCUCGUCAAGCAGGAGUCUGGUGAUAGUGCGACAGAGGCCGCUGCCACUUGUCUUAGUAACACCCUUGCGAAUUUUGGCGGUUGCGCGUGUGGGAAUACCCAGAAUUGUCUGCUGGCAAAAAUCGAUCGACGUCGACAUCCCAAGCAGUUGGAGGCUGCCACGAAGCAGCCCAACGGCAAAAGGAAAAAGGCUAAGACAAAGUCGACUGCGUCACCGCGAGAUACUGGCGCUGCUCCCCUCAGUCGCGCCGGCAGCGAGACGACCAAGCACCCGGAGGAUGACGAUGCGCUUGUUGAGAGCCGCUCCAAUUCCGGCUCUAUUCGCGGACAGCCUCAGAGUCGCGACCUCAGCCCUUCUACUCCUCAACUGCAUGAAUUGACUAGCCGGGAGAGACGGAAGAUCGCGGAGGCCGAGAAGCAGUUCCAACAGCUAGAGCAGCAUGAUCAUCGGACAACCACUCAAAAGAAGAAGAAGAAGCGUGCCAGUGGGACUUCAGUUCAAUCGCCAGCCGCUGUUUCGACCCCUACGCAAGCCGGAUAUUUCGGGGCUCAAAAGGCAGGCAAGGGUAUCUACUUGAAUACAGGCAGCUUAUCACGAUCCCCCACGACGGCUCAGUCGCCGGGCCCAAUGCCGGCAGGUCGCCACGGCUCGCCCGGAAAAGUGUCUGGGCCCAGUACUCCUGGACCGUCUUCUGGCCGCUCGACGUAUGUCGACGCUGCGGUUCAGAUCAUGCCCGAUCAAUUUGAAGACCCCUCGGUCAAAGAUGCGUCACCUCCACACAAGAGCUCGGUUUUCUUGCCCCCGAAAAUGCGACUCCUCAAGCGAUUCAGUAUGGAUCGUCUUCGGGUUGAAGAAAACGCCCGCCAACAGCUUUCGUCGGCCGGAUCCGAUAGCGUAGCGCCUUUCGAACCGUCCUCGCCCUCUUUGACUCGAUCACCUGCUUUCAUGCGGUCACCUGCGUUGUCGUCGCAAGACAAAUCCGACGCUGGAACGGGCGACACGGAGCAUGCUCAGCGUACUCCGACUACGACAUCAGCUAUAGCGAGUGAUAUGGAAAUGCUGGAUGCCCCCAUACCUUCAGGAAUCAGAUCACCUUCUGCUGGUCGCGAUCUGAACCGACCACAAGUACCUCCCCCGUGGCCGUCUACUGCCGCCCACAACACCCGCAUCCCUGGAGUUACUCCGAUAGAGCGUGGAAACCUUCGUGUCUCCAUGCCUCCUCCGAGUGUUCCUUCUAUACCUCCCGCAGCCAGUCCUGGCUCGGCAUCCAAUACGAGCCCUGCUUCGCCCAACACUGUGGACACCACCUCUCCCUCACAGGCUAGCGCGCAGGUGCCCAGCACUGCACCAACACCUACUCCGACAGUUACCAAGAAGAAGCUUAGUCUCGGUGAUUACUUGAUCCGAAAGGGCACGAUGGCGACAACCCCCACCUUGGAGAAAUCGCAGGUCCCGUCCAUCCCCUUACCUGUCUCCCAGAAAUCACCCACUACGCCAGAGUCAGGACCGCCAGCCAGUGCAGAUGGAGCUCAGACUCCCACAAAGACAUCGCCUGACAGCAAGGCUGAUCCACAUGAUUCACCUGACGUCGCGAUGAAAGACGCACCGGAGUCGAACCAACCACACGCCCCCUCUAUUAUCUCUUCGUGA